AUGGUCCUGGGCCCUCUUGACAAGCGUGUUCGCAAAAGCCGAUGCAAAGCAUGUGCUAGGAGACGAAUUAAGUGCGAAGGCGGCUCUCCUUGUCUUUACUGCAGGAGAAGGAAGUUCACGUGUACGCCUCAGUUUACAGAAAGUCAACCAAGCUUAAUUUUCGUAAAUCAAGCUCCGGUUGUCGAUAUUGAGCAACCUCCGUCCACGUUGUGGCCAAAUGUACCUCAAGACACCAUAAGCCGGUUCGCAAAUCAUUUCUUCACAACCUUCCUAGUCCACAACGACUUCGCGGGAGCAAGCUUGGAUUUAGACGCCAUUAAAAGCCAAUUCCAGUCAACCCCGAGCUUUUACCAUGCUGCGAUUGCAGUUGGUGCUCUUGAUCUUGGCAGUCCCCAUCCGUCUUCCAUUGUACGGAAGGGGACAUCCAGAUUGGAAGCCUUGAAUGCCUAUCGAGCAUCCAUAGUUGAAUUCCAGAAGGAAAUCCAAGGCACAGCAAGCAUAGAAAGCAAUGCAUGUUUAUGGACCACCUUCUUCUUGGGCCUUUUCGAGUUAAUGUUUGACAACACAGGGGAUGGCUGGGUGAAACAUAUCUUCUAUGGAACUUCCAGGAUCAUGCAGAUUCGUGGUCCAAAAGCACAUCUGACGGGCCCUGGGCGUUCAUUCUUCUUGACCGUUCGGCUAUUUGAGAUCUGCCGCUCUUUCUUCUACCCAGAGCCCACGUUCCUUGGAGAGGCGAAUUGGAUCUUGCUCAUGGAUCGAAUGUGGGAAGGCGACCUAGCAGAAGAAUGGCACCCAAAGGAGAAUCUUCUGGAUCUUAUGACUUCUUGUUCAUCACUGAGCCAUCGUAUGGCUGCUCUACUCAACCCAGGCUCAACUCGCGACCAAAUACCGGAGGAAGCUCUUCUUCAUCUGGCUUCGGAAGGCAUCGACUUACGCAACGCUCUUUUUCGAUGGUCGGAAACCUUUGCGGCGUGGCGGAAUCUUGAUUCAACACACAAGGAAGAUGCACGCUCAACUUUAGCAAACAUAUACUUCCACGCCAUUUCGAUCUACCUAUCAGGACUAUACGACUACAGAUACCAGUUCAACCAGAUCCUCUCGGCAUCUCUACCAUCAGAUAACAUCCAAAUUCAUGUCUGCGAAAUCUUGCAUCAUACCGAGGACGCGAUGAAAACGACACGCCUCGCUGGGAUCCUGUUCUUCUUCCCGUUAAGAGUCGCUGGUGCAAGAGCAAGAACUUCGGCGCAGAGAUCAGCAAUUUUAUCAAUGUUGGAUAGAAUUACACAAAGAAGUUUUGUGGUUGCACAGGCCUUUUCUCAAGUCCUAAAAUCUCUAUGGGGAGACAAGGCAUUGUAG